GUGAGAGAGAGAGAGAGAGAGAGACAGUGAGACAGAGAGUAGGAACGAGGCGCGCGGUGCGGCGAGCAAGCAAGCAAGCGAGCGAGCGAGCGAGAGAUGGACGGCGGCGGUACAGAGUGGCGGUACACGGGGCGCGAGAAAAGCGGUAGUGUGCCGUGGACCACCGCACUGGCAUACCGUGCUUCGUUACGACACGAUACGCUCUCCUACGUACUCGUACUACGUCGACUUUCAAACACUUACCGAACGCACACGGUUCCUCUUGUCUCUCCCUCGUAUUCAUUCGAUUUCGAAUCGCAUCGUUACUACGACGAGUGCCAAGUGUAGUGUGCGGACAUCAUCGAGACUCGUAUCUUACCGUAGUUGAAUUGAAAAAUUAUUAACACAGUUUCAUAAAAGGGAAGACGUUGCUCUUCAACGUUGCCCUUCUCUCGUCGCGUGUCACGACUAACAGACAGAGAGAAAGAGACAGAGAGAGAGAGAAAGAAAGUAAGAAAGAAAUUGACAGAAGUAAAGAAAGAUAGAGAAAGAGAGAAAGAGAGAGAGAGAGAGAGAGAGAGAAGGAGAAAGAAAGAAAGAGACGGCCACCGGCCAUCGGCUUUUAUAGCCUCAUAUUAUCGCCCCCUCCCCCCUCAUUUUAUUACAUCGUAACCAUUUAACGAUCAUCCUUUCUGAAAGUGGCCCAAAAGCACACGUUGAGUUUAGCAAGAUCGCUCGGUUCCUCGACCGACGCGAUGAAUAUCGUUCGGCGUCGUUUACCGCCUACGGCUUACUGACGUCCCGCGCGACGAAUCCAUCCCCUCUUCUUUUUAUCGAUGACUUUUACGAGACCCUAAAAGCGAUUUAAUGCUACUUCUCUCGUUUCACGUCGUUCCGACGUCUUCUCGCUUUUUGGCGCGAAACCGGCCGCAUCGGGCUGGUUAAGGAUCUCUAUCGAUAAAGAGAAAAAGAAAGAGAGAAAGAGAUAGAGAGAGAAAGAGAAAGAGAAAGAGAGAGAGAGAGAAAUAAAUAGAUAAAUAGAUACUCUGACCUUGAAUCGUCAUUUGGAUCAAAAGGUAAACAAAUAUUACAUUAUAAGUAACAAACGAACGUUAGUUACUUAGAACGUUAGGAAGAGAAGUAAAGAUUGGGAUAAGAUAAUUCUCUCGAGUGGCCGUGUUAAAGUGCAAGUGAUUCAAAAUACCCGGGAUAAUGAACUCGUACUUUGAGCAGAGCCCGGGUGGCUUUUACGGGAGCCAUCAUCAUCAGACCGGUGCUGCGAGUCAGCAUCACGAUCCCGCGACAGCGGCAUAUCGAAGCUUUCCUCUUGGGCUGGGUAUGUCGCCGUAUGCUUCCAGCCAACAUCAUCAUCACACGUCCGGUACAUUGGGUAUACAUCCUGGAGGUGGUAGCAACACGAGACCACCUCAGGAUUCGCCGUACGACGCGAGCGUCGCGACGGCCUGUAAGCUUUAUUCGACGACGCCCGAGGCAACCGGACAUACGACCUCCUCUUACUCGACGACCGCGAGCAAAGAUUGCAAACAACAAGACCAAACAUCAGCCCAUCAGAAUGGUUAUGCCGCGGCGAUGGCCGUGGCCGCCGUCAAGGACGUUUGGCAGUCGGCGACCUCUGCUACCAAUGGUCAGACCAAUUCGGUCGUACGUCCUUCCGCCUGUACGCCCGAGGGCACGAGGGUCGGUACCUACGGCGGCCUCGUGGGCGGCGAUCCGGCAUCGAGUCCCGGCAACAACGGCACCUCGAGGUCCCUUGCCUCCACCUGGAACACCUGCAGUCUGAACUCGUCCGCGAGCCAACCGGUCGCCACGCAACUCCAUCAGCAACCCAGCAAUCAUACCUUCUAUCCCUGGAUGGCUAUAGCAGGUAAGGACGAUAUUGCUAAGCCACAUUGGACAUGGUUGCAAGGAGCGAACGGACUGCGCAGACGCGGCCGACAAACCUACACGCGCUAUCAAACGCUGGAACUGGAGAAGGAAUUCCACACGAAUCACUACCUCACCAGGCGGAGGCGGAUCGAGAUGGCACAUGCUCUUUGCCUGACGGAACGGCAGAUCAAGAUAUGGUUUCAGAAUCGACGGAUGAAGCUGAAGAAGGAAAUACAGGCGAUAAAGGAAUUGAACGAACAAGAAAAGCAAGCACAGGCGCAGAAAGCAGCAGCGGCAGCGGCUGCGGCUGCGCAUCAGCAACAAGGCGGCGGUGGGGGUCCUGAGGGGGGUAACUAGGGGUACGCCCUACACCGUAGCCCCCCUGACCACCCCACCGCGAAUCCACACCACCCUCUGCUAGCGCCUCAAUGUACACAGCUAUACUAAGGUGAGUGGCAGACCGCACCCGCUGUCUCUGUAAUGCCAAAUAGAUGGUCGACGUGCGUAUCCGUCGAUCGUCAAUUUAUCGGUUGCGGCGAAUCAGAUGCUGCACCGGUGAGUGACGAACCCCCCGGACCUCCCGUAGCUCACUUUGACCAAUAUUCUCCUAACGCACAUAUGUACACACAGGCACAUACACAUAUAGACAUAUUGUACAUGCGCAAAUACAUAGCCACAGAGAGAGAGAGAGAGAGAGAGAGAGAGAGAGAGAGAGAGAGAGAGAGAGAGAGAGAGAGAGAAAGAGCGAGAGAGAGAGAGAGAGAGAGACCGAGAGAGCGAGAGAGAGAGAGAGAGAAAGAGAGAGAGAGAGAGAGAUACUUGAACACAAAACAUAUACACGAAAGCUCGAUAUCCAAAACGUACAUAGGAUGUACGCACACGUACUAUAGUUUAGCACUGUCGUAGUUGAUAUCCCAUAGCCAGAAUCCCUCUUCGGUCUCUGUCCGUAGCUUCAGCUUUCUCGUAGUAUACACGUAGAAAUGGGCAGAGUGAGCUUUCGAUACGGUCACCGUUAUUUUCACGGGACACGCUCGUCUCAAUUCCGAGGCGGAUUUUUCUUCGGCGUCGCGACGUCUUUCGUUCGACGUCGCUUCCUUUCGGCAACGUAUUCUCUCGAGAUCGUUCGAAACUAAACACUUAUACUUCGAGAGAAUCCGAGCUUCCUCGAGAUCAUCGUUGUCGUUCUCGUCGUCGUCGUCGUCGUCGUCGUCGUCCUCGUCGUUUUCGUCGUCUUCGUCGUCGUCAUCGUCGUAGUCGUCGUCGUCGUCGUCGUUGACGUCGUCGUCGUUAUUGUCUUGGGGGAUCGACGAGAUAGCAACGUUUUUGCGUACGCGUUGCGGACGACAAACGACUAGAGCUCGUCCGUGAGCCUUUAUGGAACCUAAAUACGUAAUGAAGGCUAAACAAGUAUUCGUAAGAUAGUGAUUAGCGAGUAGAGAUUAAAGAAAAAAAUACAGAUGGAUGAUUAAUUAAUGGAGGAAUGGUCGGGGAGCGAAAACAAUGCCGCGAAAAACAACAGGCUCGUACGUGAGCUACGAUGAAUUUCUUUUCGCGGCUCGAUGUACAAAUACCGUAGGAGUACGUUCUUCUUCUUUUACUAUUCCCUCCUCCUCUUCUUCUUCUUCUUCUUCUUCUUCUUCUUCUUCUCUUCAUCUAUCUCUAUUUCUAUUUCUAUUUCUUAUUGUUAAUGUAUUAUUGAACCUUUAAAUUUAUCGUCCAUUUAAUUGCAAAACCCGCGCUCGUGCAGGCAUUUACUUUCGAACAAUCCGACUGAAUGAAUUCCUGUUAAUGGCGAUGUUAUGUUUUUGUUAUUUUUAUUAUGAUUGCAAGACGAGACACAAGAAUACGUUUCUGUCGUCCAUGACAUUGAAAAGUUAAGUGUACGAAAUAUUUGUUUGUUUUGUUUUUUUUUUUUUUUUUUAGUAAUCUUUUUUAGUAAUAUGAACGCAACAGACGACGGACAACUGAUUCUUUCGAUCGGUGCAAAAUGUUAUUUUAUGUUGAUAUGUUCACGAUAAAAAUUUUGUUGAUAUUAUAUAAAAACUUUUAUGAGAGGCGCGUAUGUAUUGCCCGGUAAAGAAAGUAUAAUAUUUUUUUCGGGAAGUGUUCAAAAUGUCUUCAAAUUUUUUAUGUUUUUUAUUAUUAUUUUUUUUUAAUUUUUCUCUUUGUUUUCUACUACUCUUCGUUCUCCUUUCUAUUUUUUUUUCUUUUCAUCGUCUAAUGUCGUCCUCCAAGAAGCAAGACGAAAAUAGAGUUAUAGAGAA